ACUAGCGACAUCUAACCAAACAGUCGCCGCUUGUGGGACGUCUCGAUCGAGCUCCCCACGUCGAAUGAUUAGAUUCGCGUAUCUCGCGUGUUUGUCGUUCUCGUUGUUGUUCACCGGGCUGCCGCUAACGACAGCAGGAGGGACGGGGAUGUCGAAGUUGGUCGCGCUGGAUUUCGAAGUGUUCGGCAUCGUGCAAGGUGUAUUCUUCAGGAAGUAUACCCAAAAACGUGGUCAGGAAUUGGGCUUGACAGGAUGGUGCAGGAACACCCCGGACGGUACCGUCGCCGGCCACCUGCAGGGAGAGAAGAGACAAGUGGAGGAGAUGAAGCAUUGGCUUCGUCAUACCGGCAGUCCUCAGUCGCGAAUCGACAAAGCGGAGUUCCGUAACGAGAAGGAGAUCUCGGAGCUGUCGCUCUCGAAAUUCGAAAUACGGAAGUAGGAGCGAUAGAUCCGACGACUAAGAACAAUCCGCCGACGAUCUAGUAGAACCGAAUUAAGUCGUCGCUCAUGUGAUACGUACAAGAUCGUUAUUUAAAUAAAUACAAUAAUAAUUUAUA